CAUUGUGCAGGUUACAGGUGUGGCGGAAGAGAGUCACCACUUUGUAUGUUUUUUUUUUAAAAAUCAUAACCUUUGUAUUCAGCUUGGAAGCACUGUCAUUGUAUCACGCGCCUGCUACCAACUGUAUCAAUCUAGACAACAGUAUAAUACAAUAUGAUGUAUUAGUUCGAAAAUAAAGUAAAACCCAACACUAGACAUUAAUGCAAUCGUGUGUUUUUGUUGUGCAGUGCAGAGCCAGGCGCAGUAGACAGGUUUAGCUUGUUACUGCUGGCAGGCACUCAGUGAAUUUGGCUGCAGACAGACCGAGUCCUAAUACAAUACGUGUCGCCCGUGUGGAACAGAGAGCUCGCCGGGAGAGUGGAUUAAAACAAAGAAAAUUAAAUAAUUAAACCAUCUGCUGUGAUCAAGAUGUCGGCCGUCCACAGACUGCUGCUGGAAGACGCGUUACAGGACAGUCCUCAGACUCGCUCCUUGCUCAGCGUGUUUGAAGAGGAUGCUGGGACGCUCACUGAUUACACCAACCAGCUGCUCCAGUCCUUGCAGCGUGUCUUCGGGGCUCAGAAUGAGAUGAGUUUAGCCACCCAGCAGCUAUCGAAGCAGCUUCUGGAGUAUGAGAAGCAGAAUUUUGCUCUGGGGAAAGGGGAUGAAGAAGUCAUUGGCACUCUGCAAGACUUCUCAGAAGUGGUAGACGAGCUGAACACUCUGCACACAGAGCUGGCUAACCAGCUGGCUGACAGGAUGGUGUUCCCCAUGAUCCAGUUCAGGGAGAAGGACCUGACAGAAAUAAGCACUCUGAAAGACAUUUUCGCUAUUGCCAGCAGUGAGCACGACGCUUCUAUGGCAAAGUACAGCAGGCUGCCCAAGAGGAGAGAAAAUGAGAAGUUGAAGACGGAGGUGGUUGGAGAGGUUGCCUAUUCCAGGAGGAAGCAGCACCAGGCCUCCAUGCAGUAUUACUGUGCUCUGAACGCUCUGCAGUACAGGAAGAGGGUGGCCAUGCUGCAGCCCAUGCUGGGCUACACACAGGCACAGGUGAACUUUUUCAAGAAAGGAAUGGAUAUGGCUUCAAAGAAAAUGGAGAGCUUUUUAUCUUCAGUCACUAGCAUGAAUCAGAGUAUACAAAGCCAGCUGGACUCGGAGGCUGAAGCGAUGAGGCAGGCCCAGCAGGAGCUGCUAUCUGUGGAGGACUCGAUCUACAUGCCAGACCAGGACGCCUCCAACCCCCUCAUCAACAGGAACCUCAUACAGAAAGCUGGCUACCUGAACAUCCGGAGUAAAACGGGCUUGGUGACGACAUCCUGGGACCGGCUGUACUUCUUCACCCAGGGAGGGAACCUGAUGUGCCAGCCGCGGGGAGCAGUGGCUGGGGGGAUGGUCCUGGACCUCGACAACAGCUCUGUGAUGGCGGUGGACUGUGAGGACCGGAGAUACUGCUUCCAGAUCACCUCCCCGGAUGGUAAAACGCAUGUGUCUUUUGAUUGGAUCAGUGACUGGAGCUCUGGGCUGCAGUCUGGAAGGUGUAUAACCCUCCAGGCUGAAAGUAAAAAGGAAUAUGAAGAGUGGAUCUGUUCUCUCAACAACAUCUCAAGACAGAUCUACCUGACAGACAACCCAGAGGCCGUUGCUAUCAGGCUCAAUCAAACUGCAAUACAGGCAGUUACCCCGAUAACAAGCUUUGAGAAGAGACACGACACCUGUGCUGAGAGGGUGAAGCCAGUAGCAGUGGAGCCCUCGGGCGUGGCCCCCCAGGACACGCCUGACUCGCUGGAGAUGAUCACGCCUGGGACCCCCAUCCAGUUCGACAUCAUGAUGCCAGCCUCCGAGUUCCUGGAUCAGAACCGAGCGGGAGGAGGGAGGCGCACAAACCCCUUUGGAGAAUCUGAAGAUGACUGCGCUGCGCAAUCUGAAGACUCCCUCCUGCACCAGAUGUUCGUGGUGCGGUUCCUGGGGUCCAUGGCGGUCCGCUCCCAUCGCUCCAAGGAGGUGAUUUACGAAGCCAUGCGGCAGGUACUAGCGGCCCGAGCCAUCCACAACAUCUUCCGCACCGCGGAGUCACACCUCGUCGUGACCAGCAAGAGUCUGCAGUUGAUUGACCCUCAAACGCAGGUUCCAAGAAUAAGUUUCCAGCUGAGGGAUGUCGUCCAGUUCGCAGCGCACCAGGAGAACAUGCGGCUCAUCGGCUUCGUGGUGGAGGGACCUGAGAUCUCUGAGGAGGUGGAGCCGUCGCUGAGCACCUACGUCUUUGAGAGCAACACAGAGGGGGAGAAGAUAUGUUACACUAUAAGCCUGGGGAAGGAACUAAUUGAGGCAGAAAAGGACCCGGAGGCACUGGCCCUGUUGAUGAAGUCAAUGCCUCUCACCAGUGACGGGAAGUUCCUCAUGCUGGAGAGCGAGACGGGGGGUGCUGUGCAGAAUGGAGCCGAGGAAGGGCUGGAGUCUGAGGCCUAGUGGAGUAAAGGAGGGCUUUGCUGCUGGGGUUCACAGCACUGAUGCAGGGUGCACAAAACCGUGCAACGAGAAGGGCAGGGCAGAGGUUCAGAGCUCUAUUCUAUUUGGGUGCUUCUGGGAAUUUCAUUCUGUCGAUUCCUGUUAGAGUGAGUGAGUGAGUGUUGAAGUGGGGUUGGGAGAGAUUAUACAGGCAUUCACAUAAUGAUCAGUGCUUCAGAGGCAGUGCUGUUGGUGUUCAGGGAUAAUCUGGACCUGCCCCACCUACAAGGUCUAUAGCAUGGUGUGUGAGGCCAUUGUGUCUUUUAGUAAUGAUUUCAAUCCAUUUAAUCUACCAGCAAGAGGUGUGUGUGAGAGAGCGUGUGUGCAUCGAUAUCUUACAGCCCAACAAAUACUGGUUUGUAUAAAAAGCUAAUUUAUAUGUGAAAACAAACCAGCAAUGAAUCUGUCCCUGCCGUUAUACCUCCCUCGGGUAUAUAAGCACAGACUUUAUUUUUAGGGAAGAAGUAGUAACAUGAUAAGAUAACUGUGUUCUGUUGUGUCUUACUGUUUACAAGUCACAUUGUGGGAGAGCUUUUUUUCUUAGGGAUGUUUUUGGUCAUCUGAAGUAAUCUGAACACAUACUGUAUAGUUUGGAUACAGAUCUGGGAUCUUACUGCCUGAAGUGCAUGAAAAGUUUUUUUUUUUUUUUUAUCAUAAAUGAAGGACUGACAAUGUAACAGCAAAACCCCUUCAAAAGAAAGAGCAGCCCUCUGUGUUCACCCCGUUUAUACAAGCUGGAGUCCUGGUGCUAACAAUGAGGAGUGGAUGGGUUACAUAGGCAUUGAGGUGUGGGUGCAGUACAGUAAAUGUAACAUAAGGAAAACUGACCCGAUAGUGAAGUAAAACUCAGAGUAAAACAGGACCUCCCGUCACUCCUGUGGUAAUGUACCACCUGAGCUGUGUAUUUCAGGGUGAGGAAUACCAUUUGGAACACUCCCCUGGGCUUCUCUGUGUGUCUUCAGCUCCACUGUGUUUAACUGGAAUGAAGGAGGUCCAGCGUUUUCUCAGCUCCAAAGUUCACCAGGUCCAGCAUUUUGAUACAUCGAAAAAACAGACCUUUCUCACAUUCCCGGUGCUACAAGAAACACCCCCAGGUUUCCUCCACUGUGCUUGUUUUUAAAGAGGUUUGACUGUAUGUAAUAGACACUAAUUCCAUUCUCUGUAAAGCUUUGCACAUAAAUAAAUAGUAUUUUCUGAUGUCAUUAAACUCAAUACCUUUAAUAAAACUACAA